AGCUGCCUUCCGGCUACGACGUCGACGACAUUGUUACUUUUGACGCAGCGCCUUACGCCUUCGCCUUUCCGACAUUCGGGAUCAGGUGUUAUGUCACGGGCGCCUGUUCUUCCUGGUCUGUAUGUGGGCAACUACCGUGAUUCUAAAGAUUCGACGCAAUUGGAGCGAUUCCAGAUCACCCACAUCGUCGCCAUCCAUGACGCCGCCCGAAAACUACAUUCUGACAAGCACUACCUUUGCGUUCUGGCCUCGGACACCCCGGAGCAGAACCUGACGCAGUACUUCCCGCUGUGCAACGACUUCAUCCACGCGGCGCGCCUGCGCGGCGGCAACGUGCUCAUCCACUGGUGAGGCCCUGCGCUCCGGCGGCCGGCGCGCGACGCCCGCACUCUGUACACGCACGCGCACGCGCAAACGGCUGAAACACCUCUCCAGUGGUUCGCUAAUACACGACCACACGUGAAGACAUAAUG